GUGACCUUCAAUGAUGUGCAUGUGAAAUUCAGCCAAGAAGAGUGGGCCUUGCUGGAACCUUCCCAGAAGCAACUCUACAAAGAUGUGAUGCUAGAGACCUGUGAAAACCUCACUGCUAUAGGCUACAAUUGGAAUGACCAUAAUAUUGAAGAACAUUUUAAACCUUAUGAAUGUAAUGAGUGUGGCAAAGCCUUUGCAGAAAACAGUCAUCUCAUAAGCCAUAAAAGAACACACACUGGAGAGAAACCUUAUGAAUGUAACCAGUGUGGUAAAGCCUUUGCACAAAACAGUCAUCUCAUAAGCCAUAAAAGAACACACACUGGAGAGAAACCUUAUGAAUGUAAUGAGUGUGGUAAAGCCUUUGCAAAAAACAGUCAUCUUAUGAGCCAUAAAAGAACACACACUGGAGAGAAACCUUAUGAAUGUAAUGAGUGUGGCAAAGCCUUUGCAGAAAACAGUCAUCUCAUAAGACAUAAAAGAACACAUACUGGAGAGAAACCUUAUGAAUGUAAUGAGUGUGGUAAAGCCUUUGCAGAAAACAGUACUCUCUUAAGCCAUAAAAGAACACACACUGGAGAGAAACCUUAUGAAUGUAAUGAGUGUGGCAAAGCCUUUGCAGAAAACAGUACUCUCUUAAGCCAUAAAAGAACACACACUGGAGAGAAACCUUAUGAAUGUAACCAGUGUGGGAAAGCCUUUGCAGAAAACAGUCAUCUCAUAAGACAUAAAAGAACACAU